GGGGUUGGUCUGCAGGAUGCCAAGAAUAGCAAAUGCCUUGUGGGAAUCCUACGGUCUGGCAGGAACUCCCUUUCCCCUCAUCUAAAUCAAGAGAUAGAACGUCCCUGAAGGAUUUACAGACGUGGCGAUAUACGACGAGUGAAUAAUCUUUAUUUUUACAUUCAGGGCAGUAUUAUCUGGAUGGAUAUCAAUUUUCCCCUUCGUCUGAAUAAACGGCAAGAAAUUGAGCGAUCUGGUGGGCUCUGGCAUCGGGUACCUGGUCACUGCAUCGGCGCUGCUGCGUGUAUGUGUGAGUCUGUGCGUAUGUGCGUUUCGCCGGUUGCAUGUGUACUCGGCCGCGUGUGUUUGUGGGAAACGGUGGCAGUGUGUGAGUGUAUGUGUGUGUGUGAGGACGGCCUUGGGUGAGGCUCCUUGAAUGGAUAUUCAACUGGUCAUUAAAAAACACCAAGACGUGACGUCACGAAGUGUCUCCCCCCCCGCGCCCUGCACAUGACGUCAGUACAAGCGAGCAAAGCCGUCACGUGACCAGUGUCAGCACCCUCAUCACGUGACCUACAGUGCCAGCGACAUCCUCGCGUUUCCUGCAGUGCCAUCUCUCAUCACGUGACCUGCAGUGCCAGCGCAUGACUGACAGUGCCCCCACGGCUGCCAUCUGACCCCGAAAGUCACCGCUGACCAAAGCCAAGAUGACGAUUACGGACUUCGACAGCAUUUUCCUCCACAUCGGCGGUUUCGGACGCUACCAAAUGCUCCUCUUCGCGGCCAACUGCCUCAUGUGCUCCAUCCUCGCCUUCGUCUACUUCGGCCAGUUCUUCAUGACCCUGACUCCGCCCCACUGGUGCCGCCCCCCCGCCGAGGUCUUGCAGCUCAACCUGACCCCGGCCGAGGUCAAGAGACUCACCGUGCCGGUUGACCCUCGCGGGGGGGACUUCGUGAGGUGCGCCAGGUACCAGGUGGACUUCCGGCAGGUGGUUGAAAGCAACGACAGCUGGCCUGACACCAGCUGGCCGACCACCACCUGUACCAACGGUUGGCAGUACGAUUAUUCGCUGUAUUAUCCCACUAUCACCUCGCAGCUGGACUGGGUGUGCGACCAAGACUGGAAACCGACCUUGGCACAGUCCCUCUUCUUCGUGGGUUCCCUCGUCGGCUCCCCUGUAUUAGGCUGGGCGGCAGACUCGUGGGGGCGCCUGCCGGUCAUAGUGCUGACGAACGUGGUAGGAGGCGUGGCAGGGAUCUGUUCGGCCUUCUGCUCCUCCUUCGCCUCCUUCACCGUCUUCAGGUUCAUCGUCGGGAUGACGUAUGAUACGCACUACAACGCUGUGUAUAUCUUGCUGUUGGAGUACGUGUCGAGUGAGUACCGUUCCAUUAUGGGCAACGUACCCAUUCUGACGUUCCUGACGGGGGCCAUGUGCGCUAUGCCCUGGGUUGCUUGGGGCCUCGCUGAUUGGUCGCUCUUUGCCGUCUCCAUGCACACGCCACAGCUCUUCUGCCUCUUCUUUUAUUGGAUGCUCCCUGAAUCCGCACGUUGGCUGCUAGGACAGGGUCGCGUGGAAGACACAGUGAGGAUAAUCCGGCGGGCGGCGAAGGUCAAUGGCAGGACGCUUUCACCGAGGGUCCUGCAGGAUCUACAGGACUUCGGCGAAAGGAGGAUGGAAGAACACACAGAAAACGUGACUGUCUUGGACCUUGUCAAGACGCCCAUCUUGAGACGCCGCUUCCUCGUUCUCUGUCUCAUGUGGGUGACGGUGGGCAUCGCCUACGACGCCCACAUGCGCAACACGGCCAACAUCGGCCCCAACGUCUUCUUCACCUUCACCCUCGCCGGCUUCGUCGAGCUCCCUGCCGACCUGCUCACGAUGCUCUUCAUGGAGAAGCUCGGGCGCCGCCACACCCUCGUCUGGACGGUGGUGGUGGGCGGCCUCUCGUGCCUCGCCGUGGCCGCGACGCCCACGGGCGAGGACGCAGCCAUCAUGGUCCUGGCAAUGGUGGGGCGGUUCAUGAUCACCAUGGCCAUGAACGUGGGCAUGCAGUAUCAGGUUGAGGUGCUGCCCACAGUCGCUCGGGGGCAGGGUAUGGCGUUCAUUCACACUGUGGGCUUCCUUGCUGCUUUUGUUUCGCCUUAUAUCGUCUAUUUGUCCAAAUUCGGCCACCUGGUCCCCUACACGAUUCUGGGCGUGGUGACCAUCGUGGGCGGCUUCGUGUGCGUCCUGUUGCCGGAGACCCUCGACCAGAAGCUCCCCGACAGCCUGCACGACGGAGAGACUUUCUUCAGCGACCAGGCGUAUUGCUACAACCCUUGUGCUAGUUAUCCUCACCACGUACCGGUCGGAGAGAAGGAGUCUCCGCCAGAUGAACCGAUGCCAGACACGCCUCUUCAGGGAUACGCCGACAGCCACAUCUGAGAUGUAUAGAUUUCCCUCGAGAUUUUUGAUGGUGGGAAAUCACGAAUUUUUGCGCAGAGUUAGGUUUAUGCUGUGUGUGUGUGUGUGUGAGAGAGAGAGAGAGAGAGAGAGAGAGAGAGAGAGAGAGAGAGAGAGAGAGAGAGAGAGAGAGAGA